AAAAUGGAAUGAAGUUCAUAACAAAUCAGUUGCUAGUCUUAUCACCAAUACUGAGGCAAAAUGGAUGAAAUUUACAAGAUCUCUUCAACUGAGAGGGUACAGCAGGUAGAAAAGGAGUUAGCAGUACAGCUGGCUGAACUGAAGACAGAAAUAGAGGAGAAUGGAGUUCUACAGGGAACACCACACAAGGCUUAUAGCUCCAUUCGCCUCCCAAAAGAUAUUUAUUUUUUCAGAAGAGAAAGAGAGUUGGCACUGAAGAAAUGUUUACAGGUAGCAGGGGCAAAGCCACUUGUAAUUCAGGCUGAUGUCCUGCAGAAGGAGCUAGAGAGCUGUCUGAAAAGAGAAUAUACUUCUGAAAGCUUACCUUUGUUACUGCAUCAGUUUUUUACAGACCGAAUUGCCCAGUUGGUCCAAAGCAAAUAUUUAUACAUGCUUAGAUGGAAGAGAUUUUGCCAGCACAGCAGUGUUAUUGAGCAACUAUAUCCUCUUUACCAGAAACAAGUGGCUCACAUUAUGCAGGAGUACAACGAUGCAGUUCAGAGGGCCACAAGACUGUCAAGGGCACGAGAGAACUUCCUUUCAGGACAGGAAAAUCCCACAAGUUUAAUGACCCAGGAAGACCUAGUUAUUUACACACAAUGGCUAAUAUGUCACCUACACUCACUUAAGGCCAUCCACAACUACCUUGGGGUACUCCAGUACUUGCCUAUCUCUCACAGGACGGAGGUGGUCAUUGGUAGGCAUCAAGGCCAUGGUGAUAGGGAUAAAGACAGAGCUUCCAGAAAACUAGAAUCCUUGUCUUCUAAUAUUCAUUUCGUUAUGUCACCUAAUGCCUCAGCAACAGAUGGAUUCCCAUCACGGGAAGCCACCUCUGCUCUUCCCCAGCACAGAACAGAACUUGAUGAACUCAAGCCUCAGCUCAGUCUUUUGCUUUCACAGUUUGGUAUCAGCUACAAUGUGGAAGCCCUGAGGCAUUCUGCUGAUGAAAUGGAACUUUUUUCUGUGGUCACACAGAAGUUUCAUAGCAUCUUCAAUAAACAACAGACAAUGAGAACAUUUCCUAUUUAUGAUUCUGGAACACCGGGAUUAGAAACAUGGGGUACAGUAGACCCCAAAAUGGUGCUGAAAAAGAGAGCCAACUGGAUUCCUUUUAUAAAGAUUAAACCUAAAAAAGACCCAUGGCAAGAAAAGCUGAUCAUGAAACUGAAACAAUGGAAAAAAGUAGAUCAAUGGCUACAGCUUCAGUCAAAAUUUUUAGAGGUUUCCAAUGUGAAGCAGGCAAUGGAGGUCCUUCAAAAGCAUGCAGCAGCAGUAACAGAGAUGAGGCCAAUGACAUCAGCUGUUAGGACUUCUUUUAACUUAGAACAAUAUAAUGAAAUCUGGAAGAAGAUUUAUUGCUGUCCUGAACUCUCUCUGAUAUGA